AUGUCCACCGUUCAGCUGUAUGCCUGGGGCCCUGCGCUGGGUGCUCCGUCCAUCGACCCAAAAUGCGUUAUUAUCGAAGCUUACUUGCGCCUGCUAAAUAUUGAGUAUACCGUUGUACAGACUAAUGAUCCUCAAGCGAGUCCCACAGGAGAACUUCCACUCAUCAAGGAUGGUAAUGUCUGGGUCGCGGGUGUUGACAGAAUUUUGACGCACUUUUCCAUGAGAAACCAAGACGCCAAUGCGUCACUGACGCCCGAACAACGUGCCGUCUACUUAGCAUACAAUGCCAUGAUUCAGGAGAAUUUAUAUGACUGCAUGUUGUACACUUGGUAUGCUGACAUGACGAACUUUGUCAAGUCUAUUCGUCCAACCUAUGCCAAGCUUCUCUCCUUCCCCGGCCGUUAUCUGGUCCCUGUCCAACUCAAAAACAGUGCAAAAGCGCGACUGGCCAAAUACAACGUCGAAAUCACUUCGGACGACACUACUUUGCCACAAAACGAAAAGGAGGAGAUGAAAGAGCUGCAACGAACGGGCUGGCACCAUAUGUAUAAACUUGCUCGCGAAACGUAUGCAUCAUUGGAUGCUCAGUUGGGAUCUCAAAAAUACAUGUUUGGAGACAGCCCUACCACGUUGGAUUGUAUAGUUUUUGGUUACCUGGCCCUGCAUCUGUAUCCCGACUUACCGCACGGUCGAUUGCGACACAUCUUAACCCAUGAAUAUCCUCGUCUGGCGGAGUUUUGCGAGCGCUUCAAUGCAGCCUAUUUCUCCCGAGAACACGACGUAUCAACGCCCGCUGAAGAUGUACCCUCUCUGUGGAAGGUUCUGGUGAACAAUCCACGAGGAUUUUUCAGCAAUGUCAAGGAUGAUAUUGUGUCCUACAUGGGUACGGAUGCUCCGAAAGAAAAAAGUACAGCACAGAUCGAUUUCGAACGGAAACGGAUAUGGUCUAUUGCUGGUGGCGUGACAUGCUUGCUUGCGUACAUCAUUUGGAAUGGCAUUAUUAGCGUAGAGUUUGACGGCGAACAGGGCGAUUUUGAAUCAUGGGAUGAAUACGAUCAAGAAGAAGUAGAUGAAGAAUUGUAA